UAAAUAGCAGUGUAUACAUGCGGUGUACUUUUAUGAACGUGAUCUUCGAAAUAUUGAAGCAUGACUCGACGAUAUGUGAUAUUCUUGAUUGGAGCAGUGGUCUUGCUAGUCGCAAUUAUAGUUUGGUUGAUCUACAUUUCAGUUUCAAAUACGGAGGAGUCAACAACACCUAUACCUACGUGGUCGGCCACGACGACAGAGUAUACAACCACUAGUACCGAAUUCACAAAAACAACAACGACAAAAGCGAGUACAACAAAUGAAACAACGACAUCAUCAAUCAUAACAUUGUCAACAUCUGUUUCGGAGUCAACUUUGUCGUCUGAAACAACAAGAAUUACAACACCCACAACAAGGUUCAACACAAGUACUUCAGUGUCUAAACCAAAAUCUACAACAAAAAUUGUAACAAAUACUACAAUGACUGCAACAACGACGUCAUUUACAAUGCCAAAAGUUACAACGAGCACGAAACAACCGUCGACUACCGAAUGCGAGAGUACAUCUUCAAAUACAACCAUAAAAAUACCAACAACUACGCCAAUUGUGACUACUGAAGAUUCUACAAGAUCAACACACUCAGACAUAGUGAAUUGUUCGAAAGAGAGCAAUUUUGAUUACGUAGUCAGGGAUGCCGAAACUAAAACAGCGUGCAUUCUGACUAGUAUGUCAAUUCGAAUAAAUUUGCAAUACGUAAUGGAAAAUUAUCAGACAAACAGAACAACGUUGAUAGUUCCGAGAAGCGCAAAAACAACAGGCCAAUGUGGUGAAAAGAUCGACAAUAUGACACUAAGUUGGAAAGAAUCUGUUAAAACAGACAAUGACAACAAGGAAAAUGUAAUCGUUUUUUAUUACGGUCGCGAUGCCAGAUUCUUUCUUGAUUUUAUUUCUAUCGACGUGCACUUAGACAGUCAAAAUUUUCCGUCUGCAAAACAGAAAAGGAUAAGUGCGAACACGACGGUCAAACAUCUGCAGCUAUUUUCCACUUUGGUAAAAGACGGUGUGUUUGUAUGCAAAGUUAACACUAUCAUAAACAUCGGGAACCAGAUAGACGUUGUUAUCUCUGAUGUUCGCUUGAUUGCGUUUAAUCAAUGUAGCAGGAAUUGCCGGAGAACAGAAAAUAACUGUGUCACUGAUGUAACCAGCGUACUGAUCGGUGCAGUAGUUAUUGGUAUUGAUCUUCUUCUGAUACUAGUCGUUUCCUUUCUAACAUGGCGCAAGAAAAACAUCCGAUUUUAUGCUAUCUGAAGAUUCUGUCAGAUAGUUUUUCGUGAUCAAACGAAGUUAAGUUAAAAGACCUGGCGUAUGCAAACUCUAAAAACUUCGCAGAGAGCGAAUCAAUAAUAAGCAUUGCAAAAUCGCAUUCUAUUACAUUGUUGUGUACAAAGC